GGUUCGCCAUUGAUAAUUUUGGUUCAAUUUUCCGAACCGCCCUCUUUUUCUUGCCCCUCCAUUUUCCUACUCGCGACGGCGAUAGACCUUCCCUGUGAGCGCCGGCGGCGAGCGGCAGCUGCUUCUCCUUCGCGAGCUCCAGGAGUUCAUCGCCACAAGGUCCUAGAUGUGAGAUCCCGUGUCCCCGAUCCGUCAAUUUUCUUCUCAGAUUCUUCCAGCAGUUGGCGACUCCUCCGUCUUUCUCCUUCCUACUCUCCUCCAAUCGCCGUUUGUCGAUGAUUUAGUUUAUUCGGCGUAGAUCAAGGCAAUUACUGGAAAAGCAUUGAAAGCGAGCCAUGUCUGGCGUCUCUGCGCCGGCGAUAUCACGGCCAUCGACCUUUCACAGGGCCGAGAUCUCCCGAACCGGUAGUUAUUCGAAAGAAUCCUCUGUUCGCAUUGUCGUGCUUGAAAAUAGUGACGUGUUUAUUGUUGUUAGCUUAUCAUCACGGGAAGAUACCCAAGUAAUAUAUGUUGAUCGUACUACUGGCACGCUGUGUUACGAUGGGAAGGUUGGGAAGGAUGUUUUUAGAUCAGAGGAACAAGCUCUCAGCUAUGUCACGGAUGGAUCAAGGUUGCUAUGUAAGAACAUUACAUAUGGUAGAGCGAUACUCGGUUAUGCGUCACUUGGGAGUUUUGGGUUGCUUUUGGUUGCAACCAAGGCUACUGCUACCAUUCCAAAUCUUCCUGGUGGUGGGUGCAUAUACACUGUGACUGAAAGUCAGUGGAUCAAGGUUCAGCUUCAAAAUCCUCAACCACAAGGGAAAGGAGAAUACAAAAACAUUCAGGAUUUAGCAGAACUCGACAUUGAUGGUAAAUAUUACUUUUGUGAAACAAGGGAUAUCACCCGGCCUUUUCCGAGCGGCAAGAGAUAUCAUGAACCAGAUGAUGAAUUUGUUUGGAAUGGUUGGUUCUCAAAGCCGUUCAGAGACAUUGGGCUGCCAAACCAUUGUGUCAUUCUUCUCCAGGGAUUUGCUGAGUGCAGAAAUUUUGGUGGUACAAGUCAACAGAUGGGGACGGUAGCCCUUAUUGCACGUCGUAGCAGACUUCAUCCUGGCACACGUUAUUUAGCAAGAGGACUGAAUGCUUGUUGUAGCACAGGAAAUGAAAUUGAGUGUGAGCAGCUUGUGUGGGUUCCUCGGCAGGCAGGGCAAAGUGUUACAUUUAGCUCCUACCGAUGGAGACGAGGCACCAUACCCAUCUGGUGGGGCGCAGAUCUAAAAAUUGCUACAGAAGCUGAAAUUUAUGUUUCUGCUAAGGACCCUUACAGAGGAAGCGUACAAUAUUACCAGAGACUAAGUCGAAGAUAUGGUCUUCAAAAUUCUGAAUUAGAUGUUGUCAGACAUAAGAAAACCCAGGUUCCUAUUGUUUGUAUUAACUUACUAAAAUGUGGAGCAGGGAAGCCAGAAAACAUUUUAGUUCAACAUUUCAUAGAGUCUGUAGAAUAUGUAAAAUCCACGGGGAAACUCCCUUGUACUAGGAUUGAGCUGAUUAAUUAUGAUUGGCAUACAAAUGUAAAAUCCAGUGGUGAACAGAGGACAAUUGAGGGCCUGUGGGAGCACCUCAAGAGAUAUGCCAAAGGUAUUGACUUUUCUGAAGGAAGUUAUUUUGUUUCGAAGAAGCAGAUCAAAGAGUGUAAAGGACUAGUUGUCUCUAAUGAUGAUUUUGAUGGUGGAUUCAACCUGACUUCACUACAAAAUGGGGUGAUACGUUUCAAUUGUGCAGACUCAUUAGAUAGAACAAAUGCUGCCAGUUACUUUGGGGCUCUGCAGAUUUUUGUUGAACAAUGUGAACGCUUAGGCAUAUAUCUUGAUUCAGAUGCAAUUUAUGCUUAUUCUUCAAUAAACAAGUAUGAAUAUAGUGGACUGAGAAGUCCUUUGCCACCUGGUUGGGAGGAACGUUUUGAUUCCGUCACAGGGAAACAUUUCUAUAUUAAUCAUAACACAAGGACAACUACCUGGGACCAUCCUUGCAAGGGCAAACCCUGGAAGAGAUUCGACAUGUCAUUUGAGAGAUUCAAGAGUUCAACAAUGUUAGCUCCCAUAAAUCAACUGUCUGAUCUUUUCCUACUUGCUGGUGACAUUCAUGCCACAUUAUAUACUGGUUCAAAGGCAAUGCAUAGUCACAUUCUAAAUAUAUUCAAUGAUGAUGGUGGAAUGCUUAGUUCAUUUUCUGCAGCUCAGAAUGUUAAGAUUUCUCUACAGAGGCGAUACAAAAAUGUUAUUGUGGACAGUUCUCGUCAAAAGCAGCUGGAGAUGUUUCUGGGUCUGAGGCUCUUCAAACACCUUCCUUCAGUAACUAUGCCUCCUCUGAAAGUAUUAUCACGGCCCUUUGGAUGUUUCUUGAAACCCGUUCCAAGUAUUGUACCAACGACUGAUAAUGGUUCAAAUCUCCUCAAUUUUAAGAAAAAAAAUCAAGUUUGGGUGUGUCCACCUGCUGCAGAUGUUGUCGAAAUGUUUAUUUAUCUCGCAGAACCCGGUCACAUUUGUGAGAUUCUUCUAACAAUAUCACAUGGUGCAGAUGAUUCAUCUUAUCCUGCCACUCUAGAUGUUAGGACCGGAUGUAGCUUAGAUAGUCUAAACCUUGUUCUGGAGGGUGCAUGCAUCCCCCAAUGUGCAGUUGCAACUAACUUGUUGAUACCAUUAAUUGGAAAAGUUAAUUCGGAGGAUUUAUCAGUCACUGGAAAGAACUCACCUUCCCAAGAAGGUUCCUAUCUUCCUUUUUUGUUUGAUUUUGAAGAAUUGGAAGGAGAAUUAGACUUUCUAACACGCAUUGUUGCACUUACUUUCUAUCCAUCCACUCCUGGAAAGCCUGUUACACUUGGUGAGAUUGAAGUGCUUGGUGUUUCUCUUCCGUGGGCAAGAAUGUCUACUGAUUGUGGCAUCAGUGACCAAUAUAUCAAACUUUCCCAACAAAACUCUGUGCACAAUAAUGAUUUCCAAAAUGACCUUGACUUAAAUGCAUCAACAAAUCCCUUUUUGGAAAACUCAAACUAUCAUUCUCUAUCAUCUAGUGGAGACAUUCUUCCAACUCAACAAAGUACAACUGACAAUUUGAUAGAUCUUUUAACUGGAGAGCUUAUAUUAUCUCCAGAGCCAGAGAAUUCUAAUGUGCUUGAGAGUAAGUUCAACAAUGUUGACAAUCUCCACAUUUUUGGAAACGAUGAUUCUGGUAAUCUUCAUCGAACUUCUUCUGUUAGUGGGUUUAAAGAUGAAGCUGUAAAAGAGUUGGGCCAUGUUCAACACUACAAGGAUCUUUCCAUAACCCUUCUUAGAUCUGGCAAGGUAAGUCUACUAAUCAUCCGCUACAUUAACGGCCCCUCUAGUGCUGGCCCCACGGAUAUGGAGGGAGUAUGCUCUCUGCCACAAUCAAAGGUUCAGAUUUGGGUUAGCAAUACAAUACACACAGAUAAACAGUCUAUCGGAACAUGGGAUUUAAAAUCACUAAUAUCAGAGUCUCCACAACUUUAUGGCCCCAAGAAGCAUAAUAGUGAAAAAGAAAUCCCUAGACAUGUCAAAUUCCAGUUCCGCAAUGCUGUCAGGUGCCGUAUUGUGUGGGUAAAAUUAGCUCUCCCACACCUUCAACCCAACAUUGGAGAGUACAACCUCUUUUCAUUUGAUGAAAAUUACUCUUUGAGGCCUUCAGAUUCUUUUGCUGGUAAUGUUGAGAAUACUCGAUGCAUCCAUGCAAAACGACUCUUAGUGUUUGGAAAGUCUGUGAAGGACCAGGGUCAGGAUCAGGAUUUAUCCAUACAGUCCACUGAGAUGAUGAAACUGAGAAGUUUCUUAGAUAGAUCCCCAUCACUUAGUCGGUUCAGGAUUCCCAUUGAAGGAGAAAGAUUAAGAGAUAAUGACCUCGUCGUUGAGCAGUUUUUGUCACCUAUUUCUCCUGCAAUAGCUGGUUUUAGGAUUGAUGCUUUUAACAUUAUUAGACCUCGAGUCACCCACUCACCUAUGAACACAGUUGAUGGUUAUUCAACUUUAAUUGAGGACAGGUACAUAGUGCCCACAGUUCUGUAUAUCCAAGCGGCUGUCGUUCAGGAAUCAAGAAAGGCCGUUGUGGUUGGGGAAUAUCGCCUUCCAGAAGCUAAAGCCGGUACUCCCCUUUACUUUGACUUUCCGCAGCAGUUUCAGGCAAACCUUGUUGUUUUCAAACUAUUUGGAGAUAUCACGGCUUUCGUUGAUGAUGUACCCGAUCAAGACAGCAAAAGCUUCCGAGCACAUCCAUUGGCUUCUGGAUUGUCUUUGUCGAAUAAGGUUAAAUUGUACUAUUAUGCAGAUCCAUAUGAGCUUGGAAAACUAUCGAGUUUAUCUGCUAUUUGAGUGUAUUGGAUUAGACCACAUCGUCUGCUUACACAUCCAAGCCUGCCAUGGCUAUAUUGUUUUGGCUUCAUUUAGUGGAAACGCACAACUGAGUAAUAAGAUAUGUGGAUGCAUAUGUUCGAUCUCUCGUUAA